AUGUUGUUUCCUGGCAGACUGCGAUCACCUGAUCCCAGAGACAGUGAUUCAAAUAAAUACUGUGUGCUCCACAGAACAUUACAUAUUCCACACGGCAUUAAGAGGUACCCAGGCCCAUGCCCCGAGCCUGAUACCCAACCUGCUUUUGACCUAAAGAAGUUUAUGGGGAGAUGGUUUGAGAUAACCAAACUACCAGCACAAUUUGAGAAAGGGAGAUGCAUUGAGACUAACUUUACUCUCAAGUUGGAUGGAAAUGCCCAUGUGGUGAGCUCUGAAAUUCUAAAAGGUGAGCUUAGAAAAAUUGAAGGAACAGCUGUGGUGGAAGAUAAGAAAAAUCCAGCAAAGCUUGAAAUCAGUUUCUCUUAUGUUUUGCCCUACACUCCAUACUGGAUUCUGUCUACUGACUAUGAAAAUUCAGCACUGGUCUAUUCAUGCACUGAUGUCUUGAGACUGUUUCAUGUUGACUUUGCUUGGAUUCUAGGCCGCACCCGAUCCCUACCUGCUGCCACCAUUGACCAUGGAAGAGAGGUUUUUACAAGUAAUAACAUUGACGUGAGUCGGAUGAUCUUAAGCAGACAGCAGGGCUGUGACAAAGGCCUUUGAAUAACAGCAUGAGGAAAAUCUUCAGUUUAGUGUUGAGAUGCUUUGGGUUGAAAUCCAGUAUGGAUUUUUUCUUCCUAAAUUGGGCAUGGACUCAUGGAUUUAUUCAAUGUUUUUUAGG